GCACGCUGCGGAGUCGGCGUCGGCGUCGGCGCGCGCUCCAGGCCGCGGCUGUGUGGGCUGGGGAGGGAGCGAGGCGGAGGUGGCGGCGCCCCAGAGCUGAGGGGACGCGCGGGCCUCGCGCCGCAGGAAUAGAGACGGCUGCGAAGGAGGCCCGAGGCUCGCUGCCCGCGGCCGGGGAGCUUGGCCUCUCGCGCGCUCGUCUCAGCGGCUGCCGGCCGCUUCCCUCGCCCCGAGUGGCCGCCGCCCCUGGAGACUCGUCGUGACACGGGCCUAAGCCGCCGCGGCUGCGGGCGUGCAGACCCGCCGGGCGCCGUCGGGCCGGGCCGGGACCGGGUGGACGGGCGUCCGCACAGGUGCAGCCCCCGCGGGCCGGCCGGGGGCCAGGCGCCCCAUCGCGCGGCGGGCGGGCGGGCGAGCCGGGCUCGGCGCAGGGCGCCCCCCCUCGCCGCGGGCCGGAGCCCCGGGCGCUGCCCCGCCCUCUCCGGGGACGGCCCGGCCGGAGCCGCGGGAGCCGGAGACCCCGCGCCGCCGCCCGUCCGCCGGGCUCGCGCGGAGAAGGAGGCGGAGAAACUUUGCCUUUUAUUGUUGUUUCUAGUCCUUAAGUGCAAGGAACUCUGUGGGGGAGGAAAAAUGUCCUUCUUCAAUUUCCGUAAGAUCUUCAAGUUGGGGAGCGAGAAGAAGAAGAAGCAGUACGAGCACGUGAAGAGGGACCUGAACCCCGAGGAGUUUUGGGAAAUCAUAGGCGAGCUGGGCGACGGAGCCUUCGGGAAAGUGUACAAGGCCCAGAAUAAAGAGACUAAUGUUUUAGCUGCUGCAAAGGUGAUUGACACCAAGUCUGAAGAAGAACUUGAAGAUUAUAUGGUUGAGAUUGAUAUACUAGCAUCUUGUGACCACCCAAAUAUAGUCAAACUUCUGGAUGCAUUCUAUUAUGAAAACAAUCUUUGGAUCCUCAUUGAAUUUUGUGCAGGUGGAGCAGUAGAUGCUGUGAUGCUUGAACUUGAGAGACCAUUAACUGAGUCCCAAAUACAAGUUGUUUGCAAACAAACUUUGGAGGCAUUGAACUACUUACACGAUAAUAAAAUCAUCCACAGAGAUCUAAAAGCUGGCAACAUACUUUUUACUUUAGAUGGGGAUAUUAAAUUAGCGGAUUUUGGAGUAUCAGCUAAAAACACAAGGACAAUUCAAAGAAGAGACUCUUUUAUUGGCACACCAUAUUGGAUGGCUCCUGAAGUAGUCAUGUGUGAAACAUCUAAGGACAGACCCUAUGACUACAAAGCUGAUGUCUGGUCCCUGGGCAUCACUUUAAUAGAAAUGGCUGAGAUAGAACCACCUCAUCAUGAAUUAAAUCCAAUGAGAGUGCUGCUAAAAAUUGCAAAAUCGGAGCCUCCUACAUUGGCACAGCCAUCGAGAUGGUCUUCAGAUUUUAAGGACUUUCUUAAAAAAUGCUUGGAAAAGAAUGUGGAUGCUAGGUGGAAUACAUCUCAGCUUCUACAGCAUCCAUUUGUUACUGUUGAUUCCAACAAACCCAUCCGAGAAUUGAUUGCAGAGGCCAAGGCUGAAGUAACAGAAGAAGUUGAAGAUGGCAAAGAGGAUGAUGAUGAUGAGGAAACAGAAAAUUCUCUGCCAAUACCUGCAAGUAAGCGUGCCUCCUCUGACCUUAGUAUUGCCAGCUCUGAAGAAGAUAAACUUUCACAAAAUGCUUGUAUUUUGGAAUCUGUCUCAGAGAAAACAGAACACAAAAUUUCUGAAGAUAAAUUCAGCAGCAAAAUUGUUAAUGAAAACUCCACAACCACUGAACCUGAAAAGGCUAUGGAGAGUGUUAAUGAACAUGUUAAUGCUCAUUUAGAAGCUCUCACUGACCUCCAUGAUAGAACAGCGAUUCUCAAGGAGAAUGGGAGAGAGGAGAAGAGACCAAAACUUGAAAAUUUACGUGAGGCAGAAGACCAAGAAACUGUGGAUAUUAAUUCAGUCGCUGAAGGAAAAGAGAAUAAUAUAAUGAUAACUUUAGGAACAAACACUGAAUACAAUCCUGAGGAAGGAAAGGAUCAUCAGGACAAGCAACAGAUAUUUGAAAGUAAACUUGUAAAAUCUGAAGAAAUUCAAGAUACUACUAUUCAAACAGUGGAUUUAGUUUCUCAAGAAACUGGAGAAAAAGAGAUGGAUGAUCAGUCAGUUGAUAAGGAAAUUGGGCUUAUGAAGGAAGAUACUCAGGAGAAAUUGGCAAAAGAUGACAACACUCAAAACAGUGUAAUCAGUGACAUAAGCAAUGUCGUAGGAACAACUGAGGCAGUAGAUGUUGCUCAGAAGGCAGCUGAAAACAGCGCUGAGCAAGCUCAGAGUCAUGGUCUGGAAGAAGUGGUUGAAGUUGGUCAGAAAUUAAUUAAUAAGCUCACGGAGGGCUCUGAGGCUGGAGGUGCUGAGGAAAUUCCUGUUAAAGAUACAGUUGAAAUUAAUGAGCUAGAUCAAAAAUCUAAAGAAGGCAAAAAUGAGGAACAAUUAAGCAAAAGUUCAGAAAACACAUCGGAGACCAAUGAGGAACCAGGAACAAAUGAAUUAGAGGAACUUACUGGAUCAAGUAGUGCUGAAGAAAUAGAGGUCACAAGUGCAGCGACUGAUGCCGACCAAAAGGCUUUGGGAAGUGAAACUCAGGAUGCUCCCAUAGCCACUACUCAGAUAGACACAGAAAAAAAGGAAAUCCCAUGUGAAAUGCCAAGUAAAACAGAACCUCAGGUUACUACUGUAGCUUCUCAACCCAGUGAACCUGUGUCUGUUCCAAUACCCAGUAUUAACAUCAACUCUGAAGAAGCAGAAACUAAAGGAGAAAUAGGUGCUUUACCAAAACCUGAAGGCAUGCUGCCACCAGAAUCAGAGAAUCAAAAGGAAAAUGAUACUGAUUCAGGCACUGGGUCCACUGCUGAUAAUAGCAGCAUUGACUUGAAUUUAUCCAUCUCUAGCUUCCUAAGUAAAACUAAAGACAGUGGAUCAAUAUCUUUACAAGAAACAAGAAGACAAAAGAAAACAUUGAAGAAAACACGCAAAUUUAUUGUUGAUGGUGUAGAAGUGAGUGUAACAACGUCAAAGAUAGUUACAGAUAGUGAUUCCAAAACUGAAGAAUUGAGAUUUCUUAGACGUCAGGAACUUCGGGAAUUAAGAUUUCUUCAAAAAGAAGAGCAAAGAGCCCAACAACAGCUUAAUGGCAAAUUGCAGCAACAACGGGAACAAAUUUUCCGGCGCUUUGAGCAAGAAAUGAUGAGUAAAAAGCGACAGUAUGAUCAGGAAAUAGAGAAUCUAGAAAAACAGCAGAAACAGACCAUUGAACGUCUGGAACAAGAACAUACAAAUCGCUUGCGAGAUGAAGCCAAGCGCAUUAAAGGAGAACAAGAGAAAGAGCUGUCCAAAUUUCAGAAUAUACUAAAGAACCGAAAGAAGGAGGUUAUAAAUGAAGUGGAGAAAGCACCCAAAGAGCUGAGGAAAGAGCUCAUGAAACGCAGGAGAGAGGAGCUUGCACAAAGCCAGCAUGCUCAGGAACAAGAAUUUGUUCAGAAGCAACAACAAGAAUUAGAUGGCUCUUUGAAAAAGAUCAUCCAACAACAGAAGGCAGAGUUAGCCAAUAUUGAAAGAGAGUGCCUGAAUAACAAACAACAACUCAUGAGAGCUCGAGAAGCUGCAAUUUGGGAGCUUGAAGAACGACACUUACAAGAAAAACACCAGCUGCUCAAACAGCAACUUAAAGAUCAGUAUUUCAUGCAAAGACAUCAGCUACUUAAGCGACAUGAAAAGGAAACAGAACAAAUGCAGCGUUACAAUCAACGACUUAUUGAGGAGCUGAAAAACCGACAGACCCAAGAAAGAGCAAGACUGCCCAAGAUUCAACGCAGUGAAGCCAAGACUCGAAUGGCCAUGUUUAAGAAAAGUUUGAGAAUUAACUCAACAGCCACACCAGAUCAGGACCGGGACAAAAUUAAACAAUUUGCAGCCCAAGAAGAAAAGAGGCAGAAAAAUGAGAGAAUGGCUCAGCAUCAAAAACAUGAAAAUCAAAUGCGAGAUCUUCAGCUGCAGUGUGAAGCCAACGUGAGAGAACUGCAUCAGCUGCAGAAUGAAAAAUGCCACCUGUUGGUUGAGCAUGAGACUCAGAAACUAAAAGAGCUAGAUGAAGAACACAGCCAAGAAUUAAAGGAGUGGAGAGAGAAGUUGAGACCUAGGAAAAAGACAUUGGAAGAAGAGUUUGCCAGGAAACUCCAGGAACAGGAAGUGUUCUUUAAAAUGACUGGAGAGUCUGAAUGCCUUAACCCGUCAACACAGAGCCGAAUUUCUAAAUUCUAUCCCAUUCCUAGCUUGCAUUCCACUGGAUCGUAACAGUGGGAGGACUUCUGUGGUCUGGGUGGCUUUUUAAAUAUGUCCUUGUAUUCUCUUCAUCUUCUGCCAUGGAGACAAUCACCUGCCUCACCUUCUAGAGGGUUUUGUUUUGUUUUGUUUCACGAAAAGAUGAAGGGAAAGUGAACUAAGACAGGUGCUGGGCCAUGUUGGCAAAGUGCAUCUUAUGUAGUAUUUCCCUAAGGUGACUUUGUAUAUUAUUCUUAAAAAUUGUGUUCUUCAGACACUGUUACCUGCAAAAUUGUUAGAGAAAUAAUGUUUAAAUUUGUUUUUUAAAAACCUGUUACAUUACUAAGUAUUGUUAAUAAAUAUCUUUUUACUUGAUCUGAAUUCUCAAUGAUGCCUACAUUCUGUGGUUGAAACUGUGCUAUAAGGAGUUAGAGUAAUUUUCAUUUGGUGAAUCAGCACUCAUAAAACUAUAUAAGUUGCUCAGAAUAUGCUGUUGAUUCAGUAAAUAAAUAUAUUUUUUCUUUAAAUAGAGUCUUUUUGAAGGAAAGUUACUUCAGUAAUUUGUUGAAAAUAAUUGCCUGUUUAGGCAUGAGCUAAUUAAUGACUGAGGGUGCUAGUUUUAUUAAAGAUAGUGCCUGUAGGACUAAAUUCCAGUCAAUAGGAUUUUCUUUUUGAUCAGUAGGGACAAAACACCCUUAGUAUUAAGCUUUAUUGUUUUUAAAUGAUCUAUUAUUUGAUAAAUAUUUUCAUCCUGAAAUAUAUGUUUUACUAAGUUUGGAAAAGCAGAAAAAUAGCUUUUAGAUUUGAAAUUGGAAAUGUAAAAUUCACAAAAUUAAAAGUAAUAUAGAUUUGGUUGUCCCAGUUUAUUUCUUAAUACAUCAACUGGUUAGAAAACUUGUCUCCAUCAUAGCAAAUUUUGUUAUAUUUCAAACUGUCAGAAGCCUGUAGGUUCUGAGUUAUAUUUAUAAAUAUAUUUUAUGAAGUUAAUCUUAAAAGAGACAUUUGUUCACAAUACUUUUCAAGCAGGAUUUAAAUAUUAAGACAAAUAUUAGAAAUGACUUUUUCUUAUUUUGAAAUGAAGUUUUAUUUUAUUCCAUGAUUAAAUUAUUUACUUUGAUUUACGUGGGAAAGGCCUGAAACCUUUAUCAUGUGGUUGCUGAUAUGUGUAAUUAUUAAUGAAAUUUCAUUCUUAGUUCCUUUUGAGGCUUAGAAUUUCAGUGUGUCAGGUCAAACAGUAUUAUAGUCUGUACUGGGGUGCAGGAGAGAGAGCACAUUUGUCAGUGGUGCUUGCUGCCUGCCAUUUGCAACCUAUUCUCUUUUAAGAGUAGUAGGUACCAAAUUGUAAAAGUUUGAGUUUUUAGUUAUAUUACUUCUGAGGCUGGUGAAAAAUUUAAAUGUAAUGUUCUGGGAACACUGAUUUGAUAUUAAGAAAAUGUAUAUGUCUGUAGCACUUUCUUUCAGUUAAUUUGAAAACUUUGGAUGCUGAACCUUAUUUUGGUGGUUUAGAUGAUUUAAAAAUGCAUGUAUGAUUUUAACUUUGUAAUUGUUUUGACAAGUAAAAUUACUUGGACAACUUUGUAGGUAGCCUUAACUUCUGGCCAAGUUUGUUUUUUAUAUAAAUAUAUAUAUAUACAUAUAUAUAUUAUGUAUGUUGUAAAUUCAUACACUUAUCACAUGAAUGUGUUGCUGUAAACAAAACUCUUAAUGCUUUAUUCUCAGAUGCUGGGUUGAAAAUUGUUUUGAAAGCCUUUUAAAAUAUAUAUCUUUAUAAAGUAAUAUUCAGGAUUAUGAUGGAAAUUGUUUAUAUUGUUAUGAUAAAAAUGAUUGUAUAAUGUUGCCCAGUGUAUUUAAUGAUUAUUUGAAGAGGGAGAGGGGAGGAAGGUUCUCAUACUACUUUCUCCUUUGAAAUUUUCAGUUUAUUGGCUUUUAAAAAAUGAAUACUUCAGGCAAUGAGCAUUUUUUCAAUAUCAUUUAAAUAUCCUGUACUAAAUAGUUUAUCGCACAUUAUUAAUUUGGUCUGAAUAUUUGAUUCUAAUCCUUCCAACUUGACAUUCAGAGUGUUGAAUCAAGGAGAGAGGCUCAGAGAGGAACAGUUAAACACUUGGGGUAAGUUUAUCAGCAACUCUCGCACCUCCCUUAGAACCGCCCUUUGGAUUCAGUGUUUGUGCUUGAGUUCUCUUUCAAAUAUGACCAUGUGGGUGUAGGACAUGCAGAGGUGAAUCAUUCAUUUAAUGCUUAAAGUUAUAUAAAUCUUUUCAAAAAGUGUUUUCUUAUGGAAUGUGCUGUUUGUAUCCAUGCCCUCCCACCUCGUACACAGCCCUGUAUUCAAUAGGUAAUAACGAUCUUUCCUGCAUGAAGUGAGGGUGAGGAAGCCGCUACGCGUGCAGCCAGAUCCAUUCCUCAUUUGGGUGGUUGUUGCUGGGGGAGAAUGUGCUGUGACGUGUGCAAAAGAAAUUCUCAGUCUGUGCACCCUAGACAGUAGCCUCCCCUCGUUUCCCUGAGGGCUGUGAACACGCAAGGCCUCUGCUCUUCUGCAGGUCUUCCUCCUAGAGCCCAGGGCACCACACUGCCUUUACUCGUCCUGUCAGCCCACAGGGUAUGAAUUACUGAAUUAGCUGCUAUUCUGUGUGGAGUCACAUUAAGCUUUUUCUUACCCUUUCUUAUAGGAAACUGGAGGGUGGGAAAGAAAAAUUCAGAGUGCUUUCAUUUUGUUCAAACAAUUAGAACCUUCCUAUGACAGGAUCUAACAAAUCAUUAUUAAAUACAAACCAGAACCAGAGCUACCUCUACUCUAGUGUUUCCUCAAGCACAAAGCUCUCAGGCAUUAAUGAGACCCUCGUCUCUGAUUUCUUGAGCAUCAGCAAGCUCCAGAAGUGAUUGUUUUUUGUAGUCUUCUGGUCCCCUUGUAAGUACACACUUUCCCCUGUUCCACACUGUGCUGAAAUGACAAGGAUUCUUCUGAGAAGCCAAAUUCUGUCCAGGCAUGAGCUAGAGAUGCUGUUGAGUAAAGGAAAACCUAGAACUGAAGGGAAGAAGAGAAUUCUGUGCUAAUAGUCUUUUGAUUCAAUAAAUCAGUUCUUUUCUGCAAAAUGAUCUUUUCUAGGAAAUGGGAUGGUAUUUGUAAAUGCUUUUCUCAAGUUGAGGGCAUAACAAUUAAUUCCUCCAUUGUUGCUGUUCUGUUGCUGAUGAUGGUUUUGAAAAGCUUUCACCUUUCUGCUCCUAAGCUUGGGAUAGAGUGUUUUUACCAGUUUUUAAGUGUUGGCUGCAGCUUUUUGUGAUCCUCUGAUUUGCAGUGUUGUAAGUUCACAAACUAAAUUUUCAGAAAGAAUUUUGUUCCAGGUCAUGCCUCUUGUCUCUUUGGGAUCAACAUGUCUUUUCAAUCAUGAGAUUGGCAAAUAAAAAAUAAAGUUAUUUCUUAAUAUAUUUUGGGAAGCAUUUUGUUGUUGUUGUUGAGAAUCUUUGGAACCGGAUUGUCUUGUAUGAGAACACUUUGCUACUUUUUGGGGUCCUAGUUGCAUUUUCAAACUUGCCAUCAUCCAGGUCUCCUAACCCUUCCCAACUUACCAGUGUUCCUAGCUGUCUGUAGUUGUAACCAACUGUGUGACUACCACACUCACAAAUCUCACAAAUGUAGUUUUCUAUGAUAGUGGGGGGUGGGGGGUGGGAGGCAGGUGAGGUUUUUCCAGAGGUCAAAACACUUCCAUCAGUGUAUAUAUACAUCCACAUUUCCCCUCCUCUUUCCUCCCUUGGGAUAGAUUUUCCUUCAUGGAAAGCAGUUACACAGAUGAUAUGAUGUCACUUCUGCUCAAAUAACCUCUUUUUAUCAUUGAUACACAAGAUUCAGCAGGCUCUGGACAGCAUCAUUUGGCAAGUGUUCAGUGUGGUUGGAGGGAGGCGUAGCAUGUCACUUUCUAAUCUAGGAGUAUUGUGCACCAUUGAGCUCAUUCUUGUCUUUUUUAAAAAAAAAAAAAAGAUGAAACAAAAGGGGCUCAGAUCCAGUGCGAUCCAGCUGAGAGCAUACCUCAUAUCUGCCCGCCCUUGUUCUGGGUUUUGUCCAGGGAAGACUGCAGAUUUGGAGUCCUACCCUAUUUCUCUUGGGCAAAGAACUCUGAAGACUUUUGAGUAUCUUAGUAAGAUACAGUCAUAAUCACAAGGGGAAAGCUAGUCUGAUUCAUCAAGGUAAGAAUCAUUAAGAGGGAAUAUGAGGGUGGCGUUUGGCCUAGCUAGUAAGUCCCACAUUGGAGUACCUGGGUUUGAUUCCGAGCUCUGGCUCCUGACUCCAGCUUCUUGCUAACGCAGCCCUGGAAGGCAGCAGGUGAUGGCUCAAGUAGUUGGGUCUCAGCCUCCCACAUGAGAGAUCUAGAUUGAGGGCCUGGCUUCUGGCUUCGGCCCCAGCCCAGCCCUGGCUAUUGUGGGUAUUUGGAGAGUGAACAAGCAGUUGAGAGAUCUCUCCUGCAUUUCAAAUAAGCUUUUUUAAAAGAAAUAUUUAUUUGAGAGGCAGAGUUAGAGCCUCUAACUCAAUGGCCAGAGCUGGGCUAAUCUAAAGCCAGGAGCUUCUUCCAGGUCUCCCAUAUGGUUGCAGGUGCCCAAGCACUUGGACCUCUGAUCAUCUUCCACUGCUUUCCCAGGCUGUAAGCAGAAAACUGGAUUGGAAGAGGAGCAGCCGGGACGUGAACAGGCACCCAUGAGGGAUGCCAGUGCAGCAGAGGGAGGCUAAACCUACCAUGCCACAGCACCAGCCCCAAUAUAAACUUUUUAAAAGGGAGCAGUUCUGGCCGGCGCUGUGGCUCAAUAGGCUAAUCCUCCGCCUGCAGUGCCGGCAACCCGGGUUCUAGUCCUGGUCGGGGCGCCAGAUUCUGUCCCGGUUGCCCCUCUUCCAGGCCAGCUCUCUGCUAAGGCCCGGGAGUGUAGUGGAGGAUGGCCCAAGUGCUUGGGCCCUGCACCCCAUGGGAGACCAGGAGAAGCACCUGGCUCCUGGCUUUGAUCAGCCGGCUGCAGCACGCUGGCUGCAGCGGCCAUUGGAGGGUGAACCAACGGUAAAGGAAGACCUUUCUUUCUGUCUCUCACUUCUACUCUGCCUGUCAAAAAAAAAAAAAAAAGCAGUUCUAAUACUUGAGCCCCUGAAGCUACUUUAGAAAAAAAAACAUUUACUUACUUUCAUUUUAUUUGAAAGGCAGAGAGAGAGAUUCCAUUCACUUGCUCACACCUGAAAUGCCCACACCAGCCAGACAACAGCCAGGGCUGGGUCAGGUCGAAGCCAGAAGCCUGGUGCUGCCUUGGUCUCCCACAUGGGUGGUAGGGGCCCAAGUAUUGGAGCCGUCACCUGCCGCCUCCCCGGGUGCACAUGAGCAAGAAGCUGGAUUGCAAGCAGGGGAGCCAGAGCUCACCAGGCACUCCACUUACAGGGCCUGGGCAUGUGCGGCAGCGACUGAACCUCUGUGCCAAACGCCCACCCCCUAGAGCACUUGUGAAAAAAGUAAAAGUAAAUCCAGCUUUUGGUUAAAUCUGAUAAACUUUGUCACCAAUGAAUUAUUUUAAUUAUUAAAAGGUACAUUUUUUGCAUUCGUUCAUUAUAUACAAUGUAAGUUUUCACUAGCUGGUAAAAAUAAGUUGGUUAAAAUUCUGAGGGCCAUGUGAGCCCGUUGUUAAAUCCCUAGAUUGGCUCAUUGUAGGUGGCCAUCGUAAGAUGGUAAAGGAGACAAAGAGACUGAUGCAGAGUAUUGGGUGCUUGCUGAUGGCUGGCGUGAGUGGAUGCUUGAUACCAUGAAACUAAAUGGUGUGUCUUUCUCUUGGAUAAGAUGUGAGAUACCCAGGGGAGACCAUAAAGAAAACAAACAGUCCAGUCUUUUAGAAGAGUAGAGGUGGAGAAGUAGAUUUAAUUUAACCCCAUUUUAAAUUAUCCAGCAGUUGAGAGUCACAGCUUGUAACAUCCUCGGGUUGACCGAGUAUUUCCUCUUCUGCACUUAAUGUUUUAGCAUUUUUUAAAAGACUUAUUUAUUUAUUUGAAAGAGUUACACAGAGAGAAGGAGAGGCAGAAAGAGAGAAAAAAAGAGAGAGGUCUACCAUCCGCUGGUUCACUUCCCAGAUAGCCGCAAUGGAGCUGCGCUGAUCUGGGUCUCCUGCAUGGGUGCAGGGGCCCAAGGACUUGGGCCAUCUUCUGCUAUCCCAGGCCACUGCAGAGAGCUGGAUUGGAAGUGGAGCAGCCGGAACUCGAACCGGUGCCCAUAUGGGAUGCCAGCACCACAGGCGGCGGAUUUACCCACUGCACCACAGCGCUGGCCCCUGCACUUAAUGUUUUUACUGUGCAUUUCUUUGGGGUACUUGGUAUCUUUACAUUUUAACUCAGGAGGAAUUUUGCUAUUUCAUGUAUUACCUGCCCUAUUAUCAAUAAUUCUUUUGGCCCAGAGUAAAUCACUGCAUUA